AUCAUUACGCAUAAUGGCAGUAUAUCAUCAAAUGACGUUUUUGAAAUUUGGCAUAGAGCCUACAUUUUGUUUGCGUUCUUCAUCGUCCUCUUUCUCGCCUUCACAUACUGAAUAGUAUUUUUGCCAUCGUGCAAACAUCUUCUCUUAGUUCUAGACUAAUGCAUUAUACAUUAGUCUGCUCAAGAUUUUUAAUACGUGAAUAGAAAUAAGAAGACCAGUGAGCUAGUUUUGUGAUAAUAAUAAUCCUGUCCACGAGAAAACAUCGGUCACUUUUUUUGAUAUUUUUUCAUUUUGUAAAUACCUAUUCGACAUAGAGAACGAAUGUUUCUAACAAUAAACAGUAUCAUUUUGGUGUAUUAGCAUCAUAAGACAUCGUUUGCGUUCAGUCUAUCGUAAAGAAACAUAUAAUUAAAUGCACUAAAUGUAUAAAAUUACAUUAAUUACGAGUGAUUGUGUGAAUUUCAUAUAUAGAUAACAAAUAACAUUGACGAAUAAUAUUUAUUUAAGUAUAGAGUUAAAUGAUUAGUACACGUAUGUCAUAACAUUGGAUAAACUAAGUAUAGUUAACUCGACGUUGAGGCAUAAAAUUCAGUUGUUAACUGAACAGUGUAAUAACUAAGGAGAAGAAUUCAUUAUUACAAAGAAAACGAUAAAGAUUGAAUAUAAAUUAUUUCAAAUUCAUAUCGUGAGUGAACUUGAAGUGUUCGGUGUUCGCCUAUAAAUCGAAUCAUGUCAAGUAGAGGUGUCACUUCCUUAGAAAACGAUUUUUUUCUCUGUCCGAGGAUACCAAAUUUUUUUAUAGAUCCUGAGGAUGAAGGAAGUGAGAGUCCAGUUUUUGGUCUAGAAGGUGGAACAGGUACAGGUGGAACAGGUACUUCCUUGAGACUCGCAUCGCAUGAAUUACCUAAUGAAAUUUCUGCUCCAUACGAAGUUCCACAAUUUCCAAUUGAACAAAUUGAGAAAAAACUUCUGAUACAGAGACAAUUAACCGUCAAGUAAGUACCCUUAUUUAUUUAUAUUUUUACCUUUU